UUUCUCAUUUCUAAGAUAAAGAACCCUAACGCACAUUUUCAGAAGCCCAAAUACUCUGUCUCGCUCUAGUUUUUAUUUGUUAGUAAUACUGACGAUCUAUUCUUAUCUCCUCCUGUUUCACUCUCGUUUUGACGCUCUAAUUACUCUCGUGUAACUUACUCCCCGUUCGUUGGAUUCCUCUUUCCCACUGCGCUCUAGGGUUUACGGAAGUUUUGUGGAAAAUGGCUGACGCGUUUGAUGAUGAGGUUGAGGGUGAGCCCACGAUAUCAAUCAAAGACUACCUUGAAGCUGUUGAAGAAGAGGAGCUGGAAGCAGAUUUGGUCCUUGGAGGUGAUGAGGGCAAGGAGUGCACCUAUACCAAAGGAUAUAUGAAGAGGCAGGCAAUAUUCUCAUGUUUGACCUGCACACCUGAUGGGAAUGCUGGGGUUUGCACUGCGUGUUGCUUGUCUUGCCAUGAUGGCCAUGAGAUUGUGGAGCUAUGGACGAAAAGAAAUUUUAGGUGUGAUUGUGGGAAUUCUAAGUUUGGAGGGUCCUUUUGCAAGCUUUUGCCAAGCAAAGAUGUGGAAAAUGCAAGCAAUGUAUACAAUCAUAAUUUCAAAGGUACUUACUGCACUUGUGAUUUGCCCUACCCCGAUCCAAAUGCUGAAGAGCAAGUGGAGAUGAUUCAAUGCUGUAUCUGUGAGGACUGGUUUCAUGAGGAACAUAUUGGACUCCAGUCUUCUGAUAAGAUUCCAAGAGAUGAAAGUGGCGAGCCUCUGUAUGAGGAUUUUAUCUGCGAGGGCUGCGCAGUUGUUUGCUCCUUUUUGACCUACUAUCCUCAAACUAUUUCAGCACCAGAUCCCUCAAGUUCAUCAAAAGAAAAGGCAGUUCUUGAAACUGAUCCUCCUGUAAUAUCAUCAGGGAAACUUGAGAACAAAAAUGACUCCGCUCUAAGUAAUGCUAAUUCAGUUGCUGUACCAGUAGAAGCUAAACCAAUGGUAGAAGUUAAGGAAUGCUCAGAAGUUGCUGGCCCAAGUACCAAGUGUAUUAUUGGUGUCGACCUGUUUGGAAAUCCUCCAACUAUAGACAAAAGCAAGCCCAUAUUUCUUUCUAAAAACUGGCGAGAAGUCCUCUGCAAAUGUGAAAACUGUUCUCACUUCUAUGCUCAGAAGGGAAUUGGCUUCUUACUUGAUAAAGAGGAUUCAAUUGCUGAGUAUGAGAGAGUGGCAAAGCAGAAAAGGAAUGAGAAUUUGCAGAAACAAGAGGGUGUUGAACUGAACUUUCUCAAUAAUUUAGGUCAUGUUGCAAAGAUGGAAAUAUUAAGUGGAAUUGCUGACAUGAAGAACGAGUUCUGUGCCUUCCUGGAAUCCACUGAUCCGUCGAAGCCCAAGAAGAGAAAACGGACCCUGUAAGUCAUAUAGCACUUUAUGAUGCAACAGUUUUUGCAAACCUAUCCUUAUGUUGUUGGCUUGGGGCUGUUAGAAAAAUCUAGAUAGCAUAGUGGACUCUUUAGUCUGUGAAAAUCGUAGAAGUUUCUUCUUAUGGAUUGUGGAUCUUAUGUAAUUAACGGCAGCUUCUUAUAACCUUCCUGUAUCGUUUCUGAGCACUUUCAUGCAUGGAGCUCUUCGAAGUGCAAUAUUUAUGGAAAACAACUUGUCCAUAUCACCUUUUGGCUUUAGGCUUUGAUCCUGCAAUGGUGGUAUUUUGUGCA